AUGCAAAAUGCGGUUACCAGGCUCGGGUAUACCAGCGAAGGAACAAGCGGCCACAUCUUCCCCAUUGAAGAGCUCCACACUGUCCCGUUGUACAGGCUGCACAACGCCGCGAUUGGAGACCACAUCUAUACUACCAACGCGGAAGAGCGUGACAACGCAGUCAAGCAUUGA